UUUUCUCUAUCUCUGUGUUUUGUAUGCCUUUUGUUUUCUUUAAUUUCCCUUCUUUGUUGCUGUCCCUUUUGCUUUUGUUAAGGUUUGUUUGUGUUUCUUGUGUUAGUGAAACUAUUUGUUACAGACAAAAGGAAGCCAUGAAUGGAAAGGCCUCUGUCUCCAAGGAGCUCAAUGCAAAGCAUGCAAAGAUACUCGAGGGUCUUCUUAAGCUGCCCAAGAACCGAGAAUGUGCAGAUUGUCGAAGCAAGGCGCCGAGAUGGGCGAGCAUCAACCUCGGUAUAUUUAUAUGUAUGCAAUGUUCAGGAAUCCAUAGGAGCCUUGGAGUACACAUCUCAAAGGUCCGGUCUACGACUUUGGACACAUGGCUUCCCGAGCAGAUUUCGUUUAUGCAGAUGAUGGGAAAUGAGAAAUCGAACGAGUACUGGGAAGCUGAACUACCUCCAGAUUUCGACCGGAAUCCUAUCGAAAAUUUUAUACGAGCCAAGUAUGCCGACAAACGAUGGGCUUCUAGAACAUCUCCCGAGCCCGGACUUGUGGUUAACCAAGAAAAGAAAAUUACAGCAGGAACUUCUUCUAGAAGGGACAUCCCAAAGAAAGCAAGAAAGUACUCUCUCGACGAAGAAUUUUUCGCCAACGAAAUGCCUCAACCCGUUCCCAUAACACGAAAUCGAGGGAGUUCUCUUGAUUUGAUGACUGACAUAAUCCCGGGCCCACCAAACACUGGCAAUAAUGGCGAGUCUCGUAAAAGUGUGGAUACGGCCACAGACCUAUUCAGCUUGCUUUAUGUGUCCGAAGCUAAGCAAGAUCGAACAGUCGUGCCUCCAUCACGAUGGGCUACUUUCGAGUGUAAGGAUUACAUAUAUAUUAACGAACAAAAUUAUAAAUGGUCGAUAAACAUCACAAGCUUGACAAAGAAUACUUCACUUCACUGGCAUACACUUUGCGGUUACGUGGGGAUAUUAUAUUAUACAAAGGCUCUCUACCAGUCUCCAGAUAUGAAAGCAUCAUCAGCGGGUGGUCACGAGAAGAACGUAUGAAGCACUGUUUUUAUUUUUGUUUCUUUUGUAAUCAACUCUUUUGCUCAAAAACGCAGUAAAUC